CGCCCCGCACAGCCAUGGGCGAUGGGUGGCUGCCUCCGGACUGCGGCCCCCAGAACCGCUCCGUGGCCGGGGUGACGGCCGUGCCGCCCGGGAGCAGGCAGCUGCCCGCCGCCGAGCUGUCGCAGCAGUGGGCUGUGGGCAUGAGCCUGCUGAUGGCCCUGGUGGUGCUGCUCAUCGUGGCCGGGAACGUGCUGGUGAUCGCGGCCAUCGGGAGGACGCAGCGGCUGCAGACCCUCACCAACCUGUUUAUCACCUCGCUGGCCUGCGCCGACCUGGUGAUGGGACUGCUGGUGGUGCCCUUCGGGGCCACGCUGGUGGUGCGGGGCACCUGGCUCUGGGGGUCCUUCCUGUGCGAGUGCUGGACCUCCCUGGACGUGCUCUGCGUGACGGCCAGCAUCGAGACCCUGUGCGUCAUCGCCAUCGACCGCUACCUGGCCAUCACCUCGCCUUUCCGCUACCAGAGCCUCAUGACCAAGGCUCGGGCCAAGGGCAUCAUCUGCACCGUCUGGGCCAUCUCUGCCCUGGUCUCCUUCUUGCCCAUCAUGAUGCACUGGUGGCGGGAUGACGACCCCCAGGCGCUGGAGUGCUACCAGGAUCCGGGCUGCUGCGACUUCGUCACCAACAGGGCUUACGCCAUCGCCUCGUCCAUCAUUUCUUUCUACGUCCCCCUUCUCAUCAUGAUCUUUGUGUAUCUGCGGGUGUACAGAGAGGCCAAGGAGCAGAUGAGGAAGAUCGAUAGGUGCGAGGGCCGGUUCUACGGCAGCCAGGAGCAGCCGCAGACGCCCCUGCCCGCUCACCCUCACCACCAGCCCAUCCUCGGCAACGGCCGAGCCAGCAAGCGAAAGACCUCCCGCAUCAUGGCCAUGAAGGAGCAGAAAGCCCUCAAGACUUUGGGCAUCAUCAUGGGAGUGUUCACCCUCUGCUGGCUCCCCUUCUUCCUGGUGAACAUCGUCAACGUCUUCAACAGGGACCUGGUGCCGGACUGGCUCUUCGUUUUCUUCAACUGGCUGGGCUACGCCAACUCCGCGUUCAACCCCAUCAUCUACUGCCGCAGCCCCGACUUUCGUAAGGCCUUCAAGAGGCUGCUCUGCUGCCGCCGGAAAGCCGACCGGUGGCUGCACGGCGGCGGCGGGGAGCUGGCCCGGCUGCCCGGGGGCUUCAUCAGCACCGUGGGCUCCCCCGAGCGCAGCCUGGCAGGGACCUGGUCCGACUGCAACGGGGGCACGCGGGGCGGCAGCGAGUCCAGCCUGGAGGAGAGACAUAGCAAAGCCUCCGACUCGGAGUCCAAGCCUCUAGAGUCAGCUUCUGAUGCUGUGAAGUGUGCCGUGAAAAGCAGUGGAUGCUUCUGUACCUCCUCUGGCUUCUCUGAAGCUCUUCAGCACUGGGAGGAGGUGGAUACCACCAAGCCUGUUCACUGCACAGCGAUGGGAGAAGCCAGGAUGAACACUACAGCUGCUGUCCCACCUCUGUCCAGGGGCCAUGGGGCAGACUGCAGCUCAGCCUUUCCCUCUGUGCCAUACUUCCUUCCCUGCCUGGGAGCACCAGGAGCUGGCUGAGGGCACUGCAGAGGUGCUGUCUGUCCCCUCCUGGGCUGGACCUGACACAUGUCCCAUUUAUCGCUCUGCAGUGCCUCAGUGUCCUCUCCCUGAAGUGGGAUGCUUCUGCCUCUCCUGUGGCAGAAGGAUCCCCACCACACACCCUCCAGCAGCAGGGCCUGAAUGUAAACACAGUCAAGAUUCCAACAGCCCAGAGAGCCAGGUGAAAUGAUCCACCUGCACCAUUUGUCCAGUUCUGCCACAAAGUCACCCAUUUUUUCCCCAAAGCACAUGCAGUUCAGCACAGCUGGCCACACUGUGCAAGCCCAUCACUGAUCCCCAUGCUUACAGAGAAGAGCUCUGGGAUGGCUGAGAGGACUUCUGGUUCUCAUGGUCUCCUGCCUCAGUGUUACGAGGUGACUGUGGAAUGUUCCUCAGCUAACUGGGCUGUACUGGUUCUCUGCUGGAGCAGGGAACUGGCUGACUGACCCCCAGCUGACAUCAGGAGACAUCCAGCUGCGAUGACUAAACUCUUCUUACA